AUGUCACUUGUUUUCGACUCCGUUUGGCGAUGGCGAGAGGAUUUCCAAGCCAGAGGAAGGAAUUUUGAAGCGUAUCUCAAAAACCCGACAAAUCCAGACUCUGGAGCUGACUCCUCAGCCUCGUGUUCCUCCACCGCCGCCAUCCGAACAUCAACGUCCACUCCUGCACCACCUGCGCCAGAAGGCGUAAGUGCAGUCUCGGCUGCUGAUCCCACCCUUACCUCCCCAGCCUUGACGGCUGGUCCUAUAACUACGGGCCCUAGCUCUCCCCCGGGUCCAACGCUGGGAGGCUUCAACUCUUCCUCCCUUUCCAGUGCUUUCUUAGAAACAAAUUAUGAAGUGUUUGACCCUUUAAAUUGGAUGCUUGACGGUCUUGUAGACUUUCCUUACUUAUAUCCUGGUGUUCAGGGCCUGGAGGUGUAG